AUGGCUCACAGGAUAUUCCACAAGAUCAACAACGUCACCCAGUACCUUGCUCGUUCCUACGGUGUUGACGCACGGAAAGUGACUUUGAUCCCCGGCGAUGGAAUCGGUCCUGAGAUCUCGGCCGCUGUUCAGAAGAUUUUCGAAGCCGCCAAAACUCCAAUUGAAUGGGACGUAGUUGAUGUUACUCCUGUAAAAGCACCAGAUGGUACAAUGAAAAUACCAUCUAAAGCUAUUGAAUCGGUGAACACUAAUAAAAUUGGAUUAAAAGGACCUCUUAUGACACCAGUUGGAAAAGGUCAUCGCUCAUUGAACUUGGCCCUUAGAAAAGAAUUCAAUUUAUACGCCAAUGUAAGGCCCUGUCGCUCACUUGAGGGUUAUCCUACAUUAUAUGAGAAUGUUGAUGUAGUAACAAUUCGUGAAAAUACUGAAGGUGAAUAUUCAGGUAUCGAACACGAAAUUGUCGAAGGAGUUGUACAAUCCAUCAAAUUGAUCACAGAAGAAGCUUCAACCAGGGUAGCUGAAUUUGCUUUUAAAUAUGCUGUUGAAAAUAAACGAUCCAAGGUCACUGCUGUACAUAAGGCUAACAUAAUGAGAAUGUCUGAUGGUUUGUUCUUGAGGUGCUGUCGUAUGGCUUCUUCAAAGUACCCACAAAUCAAAUUCGAAGAAAAAUACUUAGACACCGUAUGUUUGACUAUGGUUCAAGAUCCAAGUCAUUAUGAUGUUUUGGUAAUGCCUAAUUUGUAUGGUGAUAUAUUGUCAGACAUGUGUGCCGGUUUGGUCGGUGGUUUAGGUCUGACACCCAGUGGAAACAUUGGCAGCAACGGUGCUCUAUUUGAAUCUGUUCACGGAACCGCUCCAGAUAUAGCCGGCAAAGACUUGGCCAAUCCUACUGCUCUUCUGUUAUCAGCUGUAAUGAUGUUGCGUCACAUGGAACUUAACAGCCAAGCUGACAUUAUUCAAAAAGCUUGUUUUGAAACAAUCAAAGAAGGCAAAUACAGAACUGGAGAUUUGGGCGGAAAAGCAAAGUGCUCUGAAUUUACAGAUGAAAUUUGCCGUAAAGUUCAAGAGUCCUCUUAA